ACAAUGAAGAGGCUUAGGGCUGUGCUGCUGCUGCCAUCUUUGUGGUGCCGUGAGGAUGCUUGGCUCAGGUCCUCUGCUCGAGCUCUCCUCAGAUUCCUAGGCUUUGUCUUCUGGGCCACUGCUGCAGCUCAGGCUGUUGGUGGAGUUUUGGUGAUCCUGCUGUUCAAGAACUACAGAUACUUAUUUCAGGAGUCUUACUUGGCUCUCCCUGGUUGGCUGGCUAUUGCAGCUGCACUUAUCUUGCUACCUACUGGAGUUUUGGCUGUCUCUAUUUCUAUCAAGAGCUCCCGAAAUCAGCAAGGGACUUUCAUGUUCCUGCUGCUUCUCCUUCUUUGCCUAGAAACAUCUUCAGCUGUUCUAGCACAUGUCUACUCUAUUAGGACGGCUUCUCGGCUGGAAAGUGCUAUGGGUUACCUUGUCUAUCAGAACAGUGGGUCAUGCUCCCAGGAUCCUGGAAGUAGAGCUGUGGAUGAAAUGCAGAGGAAGCUGCAGUGUUGUGGGGUCCACAACUACACAGACUGGUUAAAGGCAAGAGCUGCUUGUUGGCAUCUUACAGCUUGUGUCCCUGAAAGCUGCUGUAAGGAGAAGUAUUCUCACUGCAGGGGACACUUAAGCCAUUUGGAGGAACUUUCUCAGGAAGGCUGUCUAAAGAAGCUGGAAGACCAGUUGUGGUUUGUCAUGCUGUAUGUGUUUUGGUGUUGUAUUGUGUUAAGCAUCUUGGAGCUGUUGGCUGGUGUUAGCAAUGGCAUCCUCAUGAGGCAUCAGCCGUUCCAGGACCUCCGAUUUCUGGACUCAUAUACCUUCACAUAG